UGGUGAACGGACUUUGCUAGCUAGUUACUUGCCGCAAGCAAGUGCUGAUGUUUACUCUGCAUCCUUUAGCGGUCAGUUUUAAUGUAAUGAUCCACUUUCAGAGAUUAGAAUGAGUUGCUGAGUGUUUGUAAGCUUCUUUUGGACUUUGGAAGAGUGCUUGUGAUUGUUUCGAGGCAGGAAUAAGCCGAGCUGCAUGCCAGUGCUCCAUCAUAAGGACUGCAUUGGCUUCUUGGUCCAAACUGCACGAGAUCUGCUGCUCGUGCACUUCCUACAGUCAUGUUUAUUUCAUAACAAUGGCGGUGAGGAGCAUCCUGUGAACUAAAUGACUGUCAGAAAUAUCGCCUCCAUUUGUAAUAUGGGCACCAAUGCCUCUGCUCUGGAGAAAGACAUUGGUCCAGAGCAGUUCCCCAUUAAUGAACACUACUUUGGAUUGGUCAAUUUCGGGAACACGUGCUACUGUAACUCGGUGUUGCAGGCGCUGUAUUUCUGCAGGCCAUUCAGGGAGAGCGUGCUGGCCUACAAGGCACAACAGAAGAAGAAGGAGAACCUGCUGACCUGCCUGGCUGACCUCUUCCACAGCAUCGCCACCCAGAAGAAGAAGGUGGGAGUCAUCCCUCCCAAGAAGUUCAUCUCUCGUCUGAGAAAAGAAAAUGACCUGUUCGAUAACUACAUGCAGCAGGAUGCUCAUGAGUUCCUUAACUACCUGCUGAACACGGUGGCAGACAUCCUGCAGGAGGAGAAGAAACAGGAGAAACAAAAUGGCCGGCUGAAGAACAACGGAAGCGCCGUCACUGCCGAAUCUGAGACAGAAAACAAGACCGAAUCCACCUGGGUGCAUGACAUCUUCCAGGGUACGCUGACCAAUGAGACGCGCUGCCUCAACUGCGAGACGGUAAGCAGUAAAGACGAGGACUUCCUAGAUUUGUCUGUAGAUGUCGAGCAGAACACUUCAAUAACACAUUGUCUCAGGGACUUCAGUAACACGGAGACGCUGUGCAGUGAGUAUAAGUACUACUGUGAAACCUGCUGCAGCAAGCAAGAGGCCCAGAAACGCAUGCGAGUGAAGAAGUUGCCCAUGAUCUUGGCCCUGCAUCUGAAACGCUUUAAGUACAUGGAGCAGUUGCAGCGCUACACAAAGCUGAGCUAUCGCGUGGUCUUUCCACUCGAGCUACGCCUCUUCAACACAUCCGCCGACGCCAUCAACCUCGACCGCAUGUAUGACCUUGUGGCUGUGGUGGUACACUGUGGCAGUGGGCCAAACAGAGGACACUACAUAACAAUAGUGAAGAGUCAUGGCUUCUGGCUGCUGUUUGAUGAUGACAUUGUGGAGAAAAUUGAUGCACAGGCAAUAGAGGAGUUCUAUGGUUUGACCUCCGACAUCUCUAAGAACUCUGAGUCAGGCUACAUCCUUUUCUAUCAGUCUCGGGAGUGACAGGAUCCGGGGAUGAACAAAGAGCGAACAAAGAGCAAAGGAUGGAAAGUAGGGGACAAAACAAUUGGAAGAAAUGUAGCUCAAUCACUAACACCAUGCAAUCCACACCACAGCCCACUUUCACACACUCGCACUCAGGAGCAAAUUCUGAAAGCUGUGCCAAUAGCACUCUAACCUCAUUUUUGCCAAUACUACAUUUCCCAGAAUGCCCUCUACAUCACCACUGCAUUCUGGAGGGGGGGGCUGUGUGGUGGGGUGGGAGGGAUGCAUCCAAACUGACCCUCGGUCAGUCACCUGCAUAUAGAAGGCACUUUAUGAACAAAAAGCAUCAACGUACAUAAUGACAUACUACAAAAGCAGCAAAAGAACAACAUAUUGAAUGACACCACUCUUGUCAAGAUCUUGAAAGGAAGGAAUCAAACUGAUCUCACCAUCUAGCCAUCGGGAAUCAUCCGCUCCCAGAGCUGAGUCCUCCUUCACUUUUUUUCAACGUUUUAGGGUCCUUCUCUUUGGAGAUCAGUGUGGUUUCCUUGGCACAGAUGUAUGUAUGAACAGGAUGUUUUAAUUUAUACAUUUGUGUAUUAUAUGUGUCUGUUCAGUCCUCCAAUUCUGAUUUCUCACAAAGACGUUCCCGUUGAAUUAUCCAAAUGCAGCCAACAAUGAAUGAAUGUUUGUUACCUCUUUAUCAUAUUGGACAGUUAAGACUUUUGGCUUGCGUUAUCUGCCCAGGUAUGAAAUCAUGGCCUUUUUAUUUUACUAAAGCAAAGUAUCUCUUUAUUUCCACCCAGUUUGCUAUUGGGGUUUAGUUGCAUUCUGUGCAUUCGCUGCAUCGUGGAGCACUAUAGGAAGAACGGGGUAAUUAUUGGGGAAGUUUUCACAUACAGUGUCUGGUAAAUACAUUUUGAUGGACCAAGAUAAAGGUAAAGGUUUUGAGUAUGUUCAUAUUUAAGACAAUUCUCUGGUCUAGUCUGAUAAUUUUCUGGCAUUAAAACCUUCCUGAGAGAAAA